GUAUGACAUGGCGACAGGUGAAACAACUUUUAAAAUACCCACACAACUGAGAGGAAAAAAUUAGAGAGCCAUGAAGAUAAUGCAGUUGUGAUAAGAAGCAACAUGUGAAUCAGAGCACUUUCAACAAUGGAACGAUUCAAUCUGUAUGCUGCGGCCCUCUGCUUGUCCGUGGCUGUAUGUUACUACAACUCCUUGGACUGUGGGUUUGUCUUUGAUGACAUGUCUGCUGUGGUGGAGAAUAAGGAUCUACGUCCACAUGUCCCUGUCACAAACUUGUUUUGGAAUGAUUUUUGGGGAACGCCGAUGCAAAAAGAGAAGAGUCACAAAUCAUAUCGCCCUCUGUGUGUGCUGACAUUCCGCCUGAACUAUGCUUUCCAUGAGCUGGAGCCGAUAGGGUAUCACCUGGUCAAUGUGGUUCUUCAUGCAGCUGUCUGUGUCAUACUACUCAGGGUUUACUCUAUGUUUCUCUCGGAUUUUGCAAGUUUCAUCGCAGCUCUGCUAUUUGCUGUUCAUCCGAUACACACAGAAGCAGUGACUGGUGUUGUGGGAAGGGCUGAGAUGUUGUCGGCUAUUUUUUACCUGGGUGCCAUGUUAACAUACGCCAGGUGUUCAGGCAGGAGAGCGCAGACCAACUGGCCAUGGUUGGCUCUGACAGUGGUGCUUGUUACUGUGGCCAUGUUGUGUAAGGAGGUGGGGAUUACUGUCAUCGGUGUCUGCUGUGUUUAUGAGGUCUUCAUCGCUCAGCAGAUGACACUUGGAGAUAUUUUGGAUGUGUUGAGAGGCUUCGCGCGAGGAAAACCCUACUUUCCUGGCUGGCUGAGAAACUCCACCUUGAGAGCAGGCUUCUUAGUGUGUAGUACACUGCUCCUAUUGUUUGCAAGAAUUAAGGUGAUGGGGGCACAGCUUCCCAUUUUCACCAGGUUUGAUAACCCUGCCUCUGUGUCCCCCACACCUACACGACAUUUGACCUUUAACUACCUCUUGCCAGUCAACAUGUGGCUCCUCCUGUUCCCCUCUGACCUCUGCUGUGAUUGGACAAUGGGAACCAUUCCACUGAUAUCCUCUAUCACUGACCCCCGUAACCUUGCAACCCUGACUUUUUAUGGUGUUCUCUUUGUCUUCAUCAAGUAUUGCCUGGCAGAGAGGGGGCAGAGAAACAGAGCCAUCAUAAUGUGCCUGACCCUGAUGGCAUUACCGUUCAUACCUGCCUCUAACCUGUUCUUCCCGGUGGGUUUCGUUGUGGCAGAGAGGAUUUUGUACACACCCAGUAUGGGCUUCUGUAUGCUGGUGGCUUUGGGAUAUGAAAUCCUCUUAGAGAACAAAAAACAUCUCAAGUAUCUACUUUUAAUGGGUAUGGCCUUCAUGGUUCUCACCCACUCUGUGAAAACAGUGGUCAGAAAUAAGGACUGGAUGUCGGAACUGAGCAUUUUCCAGGCUGCAUUAAGGGUAAACAAGAGGAAUGCAAAACUGUGGAACAAUGUUGGCCAUGCCCUGGAGAAAGACUUGAAAUAUCACGAAGCCUUGGAAUUUUUCACAAAAGCAGCUCAAGUACAGCCUGAUGAUAUUGGUGCACACAUUAAUGUUGGGAGAACAUAUAAAAAUUUGAACCUGACCACAAAGGCGGAAACUGCCUAUAGGGCUGCACUAGAUUUAUUUCCUCCCGUUAAACCAGGUCAGAAGUACACAGCCAGAAUUGCCCCAAAUCAUCUCAAUGUAUUUCUUAACUUGGCUACCCUAAUCUCCAAGAACCAGUCACGGCUCCUAGAGGCCGAUCAGCUGUACCGCACUGCCAUCAGUAUGAGAGCAGAUUACAUCCAGGCUUAUAUCAACAGGGGAGACAUCCUCCUAAAACUCGGCAGGCCUCAGGAAGCCCAGCAGCAGUAUGAGACGGCAUUAAAGUACGAGGAGGAUAAUGCUGACGUUCACUACAAUCUUGGUGUGUUACAACUGGAACAGGGAAACAAAGAGGCGGCUCUGAAGCACUUCAACACAGCCCUCAUGCAUGAGCCGGAACAUGAGCAAUCCUUGUUCAACUCCGCCAUUCUGAUACAAGAGCUUGGACUUUCUAAGUUGCGCCCUGUGGCUUAUGAAAGGUUAAACAAACUCCUUAAGAAAACACCUCAUGACCCCAAAAUCUAUUUCAACAUGGCCAUGUUAGCCACUGAUGACAAAGACUUCAGUCGGGCUGAGAAGUGGCUUAAGAAAGCAGUGCAGCUUCAGGAAGACUUUCGCAGUGCCCUAUUUAACCUGGCUCUACUGCUGAACAAUGACCUUAAGCGGCCUCUGGAGGCUGUGACUUACCUGGAAACUCUGUUAAAGUUCCACCCUGACCAUGUGAAGGCACUUACUCUGAUGGGGGACAUCAACAUCAAUGUGAAGAAAGAUUUAGCUGCUGCUGAAAAGAACUACCUGGAAAUUCUGCAGUAUGACCCUAAAAAUGUGCAGGCAAGUCACAACCUAUGCGUUGUAUAUGUCGAGGCUGGGCACUUAAUGAGGGCAGAGAAGUGCUUGAAAGAAGUACUGAAUUUGGCACCAGAAGAGGAGUACAUUCAGAACCACCUCAACAUUGUCCGCAGUAGGAUUUAUAAGAUACAGCAAGAGAAGAGCGUCUCCAAGAACCCCCCCAGUGGAGCCUCAUCGAAGGAACAAGCACAACCAUCUACUGGAAGAGCAUCAAAAAAGUCAAAAACACCGGGCAAUUAGGUUUGAAUAGAGAUAAGUAAAAGUGUUAAUUUUCUCGUGUAAUUCCUUGUUGUGAAAGCCAGGUACAUGUGAAGAUUUGCUAACGCUAGAACCUGUGACUUGGUAUUGCUACCAUGCCUGUCAUGUCAACACCAAGUGCAAGUAACCUGGUGUCAUCUCUUGCACAUGCAACUUGGUGUCUACACCUCUACAUGUGCAAGUAAACCUUGUGUCAACACCUUCAUAAGUAUGUGCGGCUGAGUGUCAACACCUGCACAUGUAUUAACUUGGUGUCAACUCAUGUAAGCGUAACAUUUUCCAUCACCUUACGUGUAACUUGGUUUUGUAACCGUUGUGUUACUUGUUACAUGUAAGGUAUGGAAAUAAAUUUAAAUCAAAUAAAUUUUGUGUGAGUGUAAAACUAUUUUAGUAGGCCCACUUCACAGAUAUGUAAUAUAUGUGUACCCAUUUUGUGUAAGUUCCUCAGAAUAUGUUAGAGUAACAGCACUUUUCUGUUCGUGUUGUAAUGGCUUCGGAACAUUCUAUGAUAUUUCAUGAAGAAUAUACAUUCCAUAUCCCGUGACAUGGAGAACAUGCAGUGGGUCUUCCAGGAUUUGACUAUCUCUGAUGUACUAUCUCUAUAUGAAUUUACAUGUGCAGAUUUUGUAUUAUAUUCUGUCCUGGAAACAUUUCUAUUUAGAACAGUUUGAAAUUUUCUAGAAGGGAGGAAAGUCGAAACGAGAUGUGAUGAGAAAAGAAACCUGCAGAUAUCAGGUUAUAGUGAUCAGAAAGAUUUUGUCAUUUCAUAUGUUUAUCACAGAAACCUGACGUACCUGUAUUCGGGUAGAUGUGGUUAUGGAUUCUCCCAUGGCUACCUGACCCAUGUCAAACACGUGACCUCACACUAAGUACUGCUCAGAUAGAUGCAAAAAUAGGACAGUGCUGUGCAGGAGCUGUGAGUUACUGUGUGCAACUACUGUCAUGCAAGGCACUAGCCACACAGUGUUUUGCACUUAAUAGUCUUCAUGGCACUGCACAGCUCUUGCAUAGUCCUUUGUGCAAACUGCUGAUUCCAUGCUGAGUGUAACCUUAAAGAAGACACUGAAGCAAAAUGCACAUGAAAGUUAGAUGUAAUAAAGUGUUGAGUAAGCAUUGUACAUGUAGAUCUGGCCGAUUCUCAGCUUCAGUUUUUUACUGGCCAUCAAUGUCAACUGUUAAUAGGCUGAAACCAAAUUGUCCUUUGCUAAUUGGCAUUGGUUCUUGAGGUAUAUCUAAAGAAUUUUUUUAUUAAACGUAUAAUUAGGAUAAUGAAUGUCUCUGUUUAACCCAGAUGUUUGAUUCCUGUUUUAAAUUGUUUUUACACUACAUGUAAGAACGGAACUUGUUCACUUUCUCUCUCCAUUGUAGUGUCUAAACUGUGUUAGUUUUGAUCAAGUGUGGUGUGCUCAUAUGUUAAUUGUUUAAUGUUGAACCAAAGAUCUGUGUUACGUGUACACACACUGCCCAAGGUAAGUGUGGUGUUUAUAACUGUAUCUGUACCGACAUUCCAGUAACUAGCAACCAGAAACUGUAAGUCUUGGGGAGAUUUUGCCAUGCCUGGUGACUUACCUGUCAAGUUGAACACAGGUAACUAUCAGAAAGCUUUCUUCCUGUCACCAGGAAUUUGCAGAGUUUCUGCAAAAUGCGCACACCAAGCUGUAUAUCCAUUCCAUUAAUGAUUGACCUGGUGAAAUUUGAUGUUUGCGUACCUUUCCCUGUGGUCACGCUUGAAUAAAUUUGCCAUACCUAAAUUCAGCUUGAGCUAGGCAUAGCCUGGACUUGCCUACCUCUCACUCCUGCCAAUCAGAAUUGAUUCUGUAUCCCGUUAAGCUUCACACCAAACUCACGUAAGAUUUGUGUUACAUACAUGUUUCAUUAUUCUAAUUCACUGUUUUUGGUACUUUUGUUUACAUAAGUCCACACCUGGUUUUGCACAUGUUGACAAUUUGACAGUAUAACUGUUACCCAUCUGUUGAUAGUAUUUGUGCUUAACUGUAGAACCCUGUGAUGGUAGAGCCUGGUUCGGUAUUCUUCCCACCUAUGCACUUGAAAACUUUAUAUUCAGAUAUUCCAUGUUUUUUCAUACUGACUGCCCUGUAUUGGUGUGUCUGUCUCUUUAUGCAAGCAGAAUAUUAAAAUCCCAAGGAUAAUAUUAGUCAUUACCCGCUUAGACUUUAAAAGAAGAUACAGACUUAUUUAAAACAUGGAAAAAUAUGGUAUGGCAACUUAGUCCAAGAUUUCUCUGAUGUUAUAUUUGACAAAAAUUUUGUUUAGCCACAGAAGUCAAAACGCACUCCAUAUAAGAAUAUGAUGCGAUUAGCAAAUUGCCAAGGCUUUGGGGACAAAAAAUUACCUGUCAAAUAUUUUGCUACGACAAUAAGUUUGGGCACCAGUUCCAUAUUAAAAUUUUACCACAAUGUACAACACAGACACAACAGGAGUGGGUUGUUUCCAUAGCCACAUUGGCCAUAUAUUUCAGUGGUAAUAGUCAAUGCGGCUAGCUGGCAUUCACACUCUUGUAUUUGAUAAGAGCAGGUAAUUGCAUCAGUUUUAUAAGUGGAGUGCAUCUGAAUGCCAAGGUUAUGCCAAACCUAACGUGAGAGCAAUCUAGGACUAAUGACAACUGUCGGAGCUGCAAACUCUUCUCAUAUUCCACAUGUGUGAAUCUUUUAUACAGCACAUAUCUCACAACAUUCCUGUUUCAAUUAAAGAUGAUUAUGAUUUAUAAUUAUAUGAAUACUGCCCAAAAUAUAUUUUGCCCAUUAGGAUGCACAUGGUUUUGUACAAGUUAUUAAUUAGAGGAAUGGCCAUACACUGUAUGUGUCAUUUUCCUCCCGUAACACUGCUGAAUGUUACCAGUCAUGCACUGUAGUGUAGGAUUGAUCUCACCCCCCCCCCCACCCCACCCCGACAUAUCCCCAGUUUGGCCCACCCGGACAAUAUCAGCGAUAUUUUUUGAGGUUAUCAGUAAAUACCUGUAUCCGUAAUAUCCCAGAUGUAUUUUUUAUGAUUGACAUUUUACUCAACUGUGAACACUGCAUAUUCAUAGGUUUUCUACCACAACUUCUCACUUUCAUAAUUUUCCUGUGCUUUCUUAGUACUGUAGUCAACUAUGCAAUGACCUACCCUCCCUAUAUGUACACUUGUCAAUUUCAGAUUAACUUUUACAUGUGUCUUACCCAUCUUACACUGUCAACUUUUAGAUUGAAAUGCCUUUUUUAAAAAGAUCAAUAAUUACAGCAACUAACCAAAGUAUUAUUUGUUUGUAGUAUAGUGAUAUUGUAACAAUAUGUAAGAUUGGAAACUGAGGGGUGAAAAGCUUUGUUUACGGUAUACGUUUAAACUGUGCUAAUAAGUGUUCAUUGUAAUAAGUGAUGUUGAUGUUGCAGUUUUGUUAAAUGACAAAAAAAAGUUGGU